AAUGCGGCAACUAGCAGUCCAUGAUUAUAUAGUCAAAGGUCUCUGACACGUGCUGUAAGAACAGCGGAGUUUACAUCAAGGUAUAUAGAAGUCUGUGGGAAAGAUUGUAGAGAAAGAAAAAGGCCUGGUUGGGUGUUUUGAGGCUUUCCUUGGAAAACAUCAGUUCGCAACUUACGCUUUGUGUCCAGUCUUAGGAUCAAGUCAUAAAAGAGGAGAAGAAGAAAAAGAAGAAGAAGAAGCAGCAACAAUUUACGGUUGAUUAUUUUCAGUGAGUUCCGUCUGGGCCGUCGAGCGGUUCACACGUCUUCCGACGGAAGAUAAAUUUUUGAUCCUGCGGGAUUGCAUCAUCCCGCGCGUGGCCCGGUUACCGGGCCAUUACAUCGUUCAAUUCACUACAUUCCAAGCAAUACCAUUAAAUCUAUUGGUUCGACGUGGCCGUGUCGGCUCAGUGUCUGUGAGCCGGGAGCCAAUAACCAGAGAAGAAGAAGAUGUGUGUUGCAGUUAUUCUCAGCAGAUAUCCAAGCUUCGGAUUACGCGAAUCAUUGCUCGAACCAAACUUCUAAAUCGAGUUCCUCCCGAUUUAGAGCAUUAACCAUCGAAAAGAGAGAUAUUUUUCGUUCUCCGAGAGUUUUAUUUUUGAAACUAACAGUGAUCAGAGUCUCCUGCUUGCCAAAGACCUUAGACAAGAUCAGAGAAAAUCACUUGCAAUCAUAUAUAUUUAUUAUCAGAGCAAAUAUAUAUUUUUGCGCACUUGUCAGAAAAAAUGCCGGUUCCUAUCGAAAAAUCAGCAAUUGCACGUGACAAUCAUAAGAGCCGCAAGUCUCGAAAGAUGGCCAAAUUUUGUGAGCAUCAAGAGACCAUUCCUGCUAGAGCCAAGGCAAUAAGAAUAAGAAACGUACAAGAUCCGUUUAUCAUAAGGGUUUACGAAAGUGCAAGACACGAAGAGGCCCUCCGUAUAAUUCAAAACAAGUUAUUAAAUUUUAUUGAAACCGACGAUUAUUUGAAGAAAGUAAAGUACGAUCGGAGAGCGGCCAAAAUUGGCGACAUGGUUUUUAUGGAACUUAACGACACUGCGAUAAAAUUUCCAUCGUGUAUUUGCCGCGGUUUAAUAACUUACAUUGAAGAGGACGGAAAAUAUUGUAUUCUUUUAGUGGAUCACGGGACUGUUGUUGAAUUGACUAGGGAUAAGUUUCAUAUACUUCCACACGAUUUUAUCCCUGACAAGUAUUUAACGAAGACCGUCGGUGUAUUUGGUAUCUUACCGAUCUGCAUGAAAAAGAAUGGACUUAUUUCAAAUGGUUCUAAAGCAGUUGUUGUAGAAAAGUGGACCAAAGAAGCGAUUCAAUUUACAAAACGCCUUCUCAGCGCGUUCGAAGUUGUAUACUUUGAUCAUUUAAUCACGGACGAAAAGAAUGGCAGAGAAUAUGGCGAAUUUUAUUUUACCAUUGACAACACUGUCAUGUCAUUAAGUGAAGCCUUAUUCAUUAAUCAUCAUGCGCUCUAUAUAGAAGGAGAUUUGUUGAAGUGUACAGAACUUAAAAUUCGAGAACCGGAACAACUUAAUAAAAAAUGGUACGUUUUACACGUAAAGUUCUCAAGGGAUCGAGAAAAAAGGGACAAGGCGACAUACGUUAACGAAAUUAUCGAGUUAAAAACAAAAUUUUCUCUCAAUGACAGGAUUUUGGUGCACAACUCAAUCGACUGUGGUGUUUUGAAUGACGUGACAAAUCUCAAGUAUUCUAAAGGUGUACACGAGGGUUGGAUAAAGAUAAUUAAGUCUUCCAGACCGAUGAAACUUCAAUCUUAUAUAUGGCCAGCUAUAAACAGUGGAUUGAACGUUGUUGCUAUCGGACCGUCACAAUGUGGUAAAACGAGCGGAUGCGUAAUGGCUGUUUGUGGUCAGAUAGCUACAUAUCCAAAUGAAAUGAGUAAGGCGACUCAUCCGUUGGCGUUAAUUUUAUGUGCCUCGGCACAUGAGGUGAUCUCCAUUCAAUCUUUGUGCGAGUCACUUCUGCGAGAAUCUAAUAACGUAAGAUCCGUCGCAGCAUUUAGUGGCAAGUCGGAUAUAUCAAUAGCGGCAACGAUAUAUAACGGCUGCCAAAUCUUAGUAACCACGCCGCAAUACUUGGUUCGAUUUAUGAAUUCAUACAAAACUCUAUUGUCAUUCGAUAGACUUUCUUAUUUAGUACUCGAUAAUGCCGAUGUAAUUUUGAAUAAUUAUUUCGACUCGUUAAUGAAACUCUUCAAGAAGCAUAAGGUAAUCGAGAAUCGUGAACCACGAGGGGACAGUAAACCGAUAUUACAAAUGAUUAUGUCGGCAACAAACUGGACACUAGAGAUUAGGGACUUUGUAAUGGCUGCGGUACAUAAUCCGUGUAUAUGCAUCUCGUCAUUUCUAGAAGCUGUUGUCUUCAAGUCCGUAUUUCCGAGAGUUAGCAUUUUGAAAUCUACAGAGAAGAAUAAAAAAAUAUUAGGCCUAUUGAAAGAUGAUUACAAAAAAUGGAGAACAGCGAUAAUAUGUGUAAAUGCUGAGGAAGCCGAAGAGUUAAACAGAUUUUUAAUAUCGACAAAGGAAACUCUGCUAAUUCAUGAAGAAAUGAAAUCUAUCGAAAUACGAGCUUUAAAAGAAUCCUGGUUGUCAUGUAUAUGCGGUCACUAUCCAGUAUUGAUAUGUACUGAUCCAGUACUGUCUGAACUUAAUUUCGUUAACAUUCAAUGGCUGAUACAUCAUUCCGUAUUAUUGAAAUUUAGAACUCAAUUCAAUUAUAGGUUUUCUGUACUUUUAGAUAAUUUAGCGCAGAAUCCUAAAGACUGUAAAAUUAAUAUAAUUCUUGACGAGAGGAACGACGUACAACUUCCAAGCAUAAUAAGAAUACUGAAACGAAUAGAUGAUAAACAAAUAUCUUCCGAAAUGGAAAACAAGAUUCAGCAAAUAACAAUUACAUUAGAGAGGAAUAAGAAAAACUAUGCUUUAUGUGACAAUGUAAAAUCGUUUGGCUCUUGCCAAGAGCAAACGCAAAAUAAGUGCGUAUUCAGACAUUGCGUCCUUUCUGAAAUCGAUGCGCCAAUGACGAAUAUACAGAUAAAUGACAAGGUAAAGUUGAUGGUGUUAUAUAUUCACGAUACGACACAUUUUUCUGCGAGAAUUAUUGGACACAUUCCACAUUCUGACAAAUCGAAGAAAAUAACGUACUCCAACAUUGAGUACGUGCAAACUACAGCUAAAAUACAAAGUUAUUACGGAAAGAUAGAAAAUAGGAAAAUGUGUAUCUCGACAAACGUAGGAGAUAUAUGCGCUUUUGAGGACACACUCGACACGUUUAAACGAGUGCAAAUCAGAUGCAUCAGAUAUGACAAAAGUUAUUCUGAGGAUGAAAAAUUCGUAGAUGUAAGAUGUAUCGACAGUGGUAUUAUACAUGAACGUAUCGAUGUACGUAAAUUACUGCACAUGCCUGAGGAAUUAGCGAAUCUCCCAACACACGUUGUUGAAAUAUUUUUAUCUAAUUUAAUACCGUGGGACAAUGAAUGUACAUGGAAUCCAUGUACUAACGAACAGGUGCACAAGUGGUUCGAAGAAAAUUUCGAGGAAAGGUCUUAUAUCUUCGGGAAAGUUUGCCUCCAUCUUGGAAAUACAAUAUGGUUAGACGAUUUGAAAAUUGGAACAAAGUUAAUUGACCAUCCCGAUUUAAUAGGAUCCUCUUUAGAACAGAAACUGCGCCAAGGGAAUUUUGCAGUUUUUAAAGACGAUCACUUAUCGAAGCUGUUCGAACUUUGCAGAAACAGCGGGUUGACAGAAAUCAAUGGUCGCGACAUAAGUGCUGCAGAUAAAUGAAGCUGUUCACUAUGAGCGAUAUUCAUAGUCAGAUUUUAUAUUUAAAAUCGCUUUAAGAUUAUCUUUAGAUACUCCGUAGACAAUAAAACGUUCCAUAUCUCAUCUUAAGAUUUGACUAUGAAUACCGACCUAUGAUUUGUAUCUUUAAAAUAAUGAGUGACUUUAGAUGGAAAGUAUUGUUUUCUUAACACAUAUUUAUAAGAAAAGAUUGGCAUCUAUUUUCAUCUAUUUUGUAUUUUUUUUAACUGUGAACUUUGUAUACUAGUAGAUGUAGAGCUGUAGAAAUUUCCCUUGGAUCAUCCCGUAAUAAAUACGGUUUUGUAAAUAUUUUUCCAAUGCAAUGCAAAAUUCAACAUUUUAAUUUUAAUCCAAAAUAUGUAUUCUCCAUUAUUAUCUACAAUUUUUUCCUAUUUUUCUUUUUCCGUUACUUCUAGAUACGAAAAAUGAAAGGAUCAGUGAAAUCGCUCUUUACCCUGUAGGCAUACUUACUGUUGCAUUUUCUUUUAUUUUUCAAUAUUGUGAAAUCAAGAAUCAAAUUUUUUUUCUUUAGAGAAAAAGAAAUACAAGUGAUCAAAAUAAAUGAGAGGAGUCCUAGAGAUUUCGUAUCCAUAGUUGAUAAAUUUUUUGAGACUGUGUGUGUCAAAACUUAAUAAUAAAGUAUCAACUUAGCAACUGAAGAAUGCAAAACUGUUUGUUUUAAUCUUUAAAUAAUGAAUGUAAUAUGAAAUAACUGAACUUAGUACUAAAGUGUAUUUAAAACAUACUAAAUAUACUGGAUUAUUGAUAUAAACAAUGAUCAAUUGCGCUUUUUUUAUUUGAUAUCGCGCUAUACUCUGUGUAUUUAUAUAAAGUAAAUUUGUUCCAUUCCUU